GCACAACAUUUGAAGGCACGGGCCGCCGAGUGCUCCGCGGCCUGCCGCCAAGAAACCGGCCCCUCGCAGCUUACAUAUCUGCAAUGUAGCCUGGUGACCCGACACGCUGGGCUGGUCAGGAGCCAGUCAUAUAUACUCACAAACACUCAUGUCCAAAGACCCAUUAUUUAUUAGUUCAACCUUCAUUGCAAACUCUCCUGCGGGGACUGUGUAUUGCUGUUUCGGGCGGGCCCACAAUAGUGUAUCAUGAGUACGACGACGAAUCAGCCCCCAACCGAGGGCGGGCCAAGCCCAGUCAAGCAUCGAGCCUGUGAUGAGUGCCGGUCUCGCAAACUGGCUUGUACCAAGGAGACAGAUGGAUGUUCUCGCUGCAAGAGAGAGGGCAUUGUCUGCCACUACUCUGCCCAGAAGCAGAUGGGCAGGCCGAGGAAGAAGCCCAAUGGCGACGGUGCAAGUGCCAAUCAGGCGACUUCGGUAUCAAUAAGUGCUCCGGCCCCGCCGGAUUCGUCCGCUACUACAUCAGAUACGUCUGCGAUACGCGGGCCGGACGUGCCGAUGGAUCUUGACCCGUCGUCAUUCGUAGAUCCGAGCUUGCACAUUACCGGUACUUCUGAUGCCGGCUUGUUGGACCUGCUGGGCCCGGACUUUGUCUCGACCCAGCCUUUCCACGCACAAGAGUGGCAGCCCAAGCCGAACCCAGUGGAAAGGGACAUCUGGAGCUUCGAUAUCGACUUCGACAACCAUCACCCACCUUCGGGCUCGGCGGGAAACAGCGACACAAGCGCGGCCCUCAGCUUCGGCACGCCUAGCCUGUCAUCACACGGCGCAUCUACCCCUGAGAAUACCAACGCGUCCACGACGCCCUCGCAAGCAAGCUGCGGCUGCCUCGCGGGCCUGUAUCUCGCCCUUGAUUCCCUGAAUAACCUCCCCACCGAGGUCGAACCUGCAAUCCGGGCCGCCCGGCGGGCCACCCGGGCAGCUCACGAGAACGCCCAUUGCAAAGUGUGCUGCCCGCCGCUGACGGAGAGCAUGACCAUCUCGAUGUCGUCGUUCCAGAACAUGAUGGUCCUCGGCGCGCUGUUCCCCUCCGUCGUCGACGCGUACCGCCGGAUCGUCGACAUGAUCGAGAUCGAGACAGCGCGCGCCAUCUGUGAGCGCCGCCAGCUGCGCUUCUCGCUGCGCGCGUACGGAGGCAUGUGGGGCCGGCUCGGCUCCGACGAGGCCAUGUGCGGCAAUGCCCACCACCAUUACGACGACGUCAUGCUCGAGCCCGCCAUGUGGCGCCUCACCAUCCGCGCCCUGCUCAAAGUCGACGUCUACGGCAUCAACUGCCGGCCUGAGGGACCGGGCAGCGACACCUUGCGCUUCACGCAGGUGGGCCUCAAGGACAUCGUCGUCCAGCUCGAGGAGAGGAGCAGUGCCCGCCACGCCGAGGUCGAUGCCCUGCUGGAGGCCGGUUUGGCGGGGCCGACGGGCCCCUUGGGCAAGCAUGCGCAGCAUUCGCGCCUCGAGGAGCCACAAUGCAAGAGGAUAAUCCAGCUCGCGAAGGAUGCGAUAGCCUCGUUGGACAUUCCUUGAAAUCGGCACACCCCAUCGAGACAUCUCGACAAGAUAUGAGGAUCGCCCUGCUUCUCGAAGUCCGGAAAGCCUAUGACCGACCUAGUGGUUCUUUAUUCCUCGAGCCAUCUCUACCUGCUCUGCGUGAUCUGCCAGCCCUCGCCCGCCCCGGGUACGAACCACGCCUAGUAGCGUGAAAUCGAGAGUAUUGGAUCUAUCGUCGCCCUAACAGCUUUCGGGAUUGCCGAUGCUCAGGGGUCGCGAAUGAUCCAUAUGCCCCUGCAGGCAGGUUGUCCAAGGUGUCGCUACCAUCAUCACGAGGACUCAGCUUCCGGCCCAAAGGCGGCAGUGGCCGAAAAGAGAUAUCAACCUUCGCGCAGAUGUCCAACUCGUCGAGCCAACCCGGGCCCAAAGACGCUAUGGCUCACAUCUCGACCCAGAUCGCGACCUUUGGGCCAACAGCCACUGUCGACGGUUAUGCGCGACCAAAGAUGCCCGAAGAAAACCCUGGGUCAGGGAUUCAGCUGUGAACCCUGGAGGACGCUGCUGUGAACCCUGGAGGACGCUGCUGUGUCGGCAUGCAGACAGAGGAAGCGGUGCGCUCCUGAGAUAGUUCUGAGGCUGCCAGACCAGGAGGUUAUCUGGAGUUGGCCGCGCGAUGUGCUCAUUAGCUGGGCCAAGAUGAUCGCAAACCACGCUCAGCCUUGCUCAGGACCUAAGAUUUGGUGGCGCUGGGAUGUGGUCAUACAUUGCAUGAGACAGUAGACACGCAUGAGGCAGCCCUGGAGCUCGCUGAGCUGGCAUCUUUCAUGUGCUCUGGUGGUUGUCGAUACGAUACAAACUGAUAUCUGGUCGCUGCCUGGCAGGAGAGGCCAAUGUACGAUAAAGUCUGAGUAUAUAGUCCACGUGCGUCGGCAAACCAAGUAAAUUGCUCCAUGCAGGAAAUGAUUCGCUAACAGGGCGUGGGGGACAAGCUGAUAAUACAAGCUACUUUAUUUG